AUGAAUGUGUUUCGUGCUGGACUCAUAGAACGAGUUGAUGUACCAACAUGCCCCAGCGAUGCCAGGCCCAUGCUACGUCCUGACGGUAAUCCACGAAAAUGUUUGCCACAUCAAAACAACCUCUGUAUCAAUGCAUUGCCAGAUAAGACAAAUGCAACCACAGUUUGUUGUUGGUAUAAUGAGGUUGACUAUUUCUGCUGCUUAGAUGUCCGUCCAGAAGAAUGUCCAGAUUAUCGAGACGUUACUGUUGUUGUUCAUCAUGCUUAUCCUCAGAAUCCAUAUGCAUUACGGUCUUUUCAUUUCAGAGAGGGUAUUGAAGACGAAAUUGCUGCCGCUGCUGAAGAAGCUGCUGAUUUAAAGAAAUUCCGUGCAGAAGGUGGUAUAGUGGUACGACAAAAUGUUACCGAAUUGGUUGAUGGCGACGCUACUCAACAACGAUUUUUGUUGAAAUUUGAUGAGAUGUAA